GUUUCACUACACGCGUGUUUUCCAUCCACGCUUCGACUUAUUCCUCCAAUAUAAUAAGACAGACUGUGAGAUUAUUAUUGCCAAAUUAUAGGACUCUUUCAGUAUGGGGGGUCAGGGAAAGAGUAAAAAGAAAAACAAGCCGAAAAGGACCGACAACCGUUCAAACAGAGAUGGAGGGUUUGUUUGUCUGUCACCCCAAGAAAGGAUGAAAGUAAGGAUGCACGAAAAAGCCAAGAAGAAGUCAGCUGAGAAAUACUCUGUGCUGCAACUCCUGGAGAAGACAGAAGAAUACAUGGACAGCUUUGACUUUGAGAUGGCUGCCCUUUUCUGUCAACGUGCUCUGGAUGUGGAGUCUACCAACCUGCAAGCUCUGGACAUGCUUGGACACAUUCACUCUGAAUUGGGAGACACACAGAAAGCUAAAGAAGCUUUUCUGCGUGCAGUGGAGCUGAGCCCAGAUGUUGGCCACAGUAAGUAUAUGUGCCUGGGACAAAUCCACACUGGCCAAGAAGCUGUUGACUACUACACUAGAGGAAUACAAGUUCUUCUGUCCACAUUAGAGGAACAAAAAGCAACAACUGCUGCUGGAGCUGCUGCCCAGCCAGAGGAGGACCAUCAGGUCCCCACGGAGAAGGAUGUUAGUGUAGCCUACUGCUCCAUCGCUGAGAUUUACUUAACAGACCUCUGUAUGGAGGAGGGAGCUGCAGACAAGUGUCGAGAGUUCAUUGAGAGAGCAUUACAGUAUCACCAUGACAACCCUGAGGCUCUCCAGCUUAUGGCCAGUUACCUUUUCAGUACGGAGAGAAACCAGGAAGGCAAAGAAUACCUGUUGAAGAGUGUGAGAAAGUGGUUAUCUGCACAGAAAGAAAUGGCGGCUGCUUCUACCUCAGAUGAAGCCGUGCAGAAUGAGAUCCCCCCGUACGAGUCUCGCAUCACCACGGCCAAACUGCUCAUCGAGUCCGAGGAAUACGAGCUGGCAGUCGAUGUGUUGGAGGGUCUGUUGGAGGAGGAUGAUGAAGUUGUCCAGGUCUGGUAUCUCUCUGGUUGGGUGUGUUACCUCCAGUGGGAAAAAGCAAAGGAGGUGCAAGAAAGAGAAGGACGGGAAGUGACUGAAGAGGAAAAGGAGGAGUGGAAGGCUUUGACAGAGGCUGCCAGAUCCUACCUAACCAGGGCCGUGAAGCUGUACGCUAAGCUGCGAUGUGACGACCAGCCGAUGCUGGAGCACGUGAAGCAGCUGCUCGGCGAGCUGGGAGGAGAAAUGGAGGGAGAGGAAGAGGAGCCGGCUCUGGAUGAAGACUAUGAGCCCUGUAGUGAUGAGGAAGACGACGACACAGAGGCACCGAUGGAACACUGAGCACACCACCUGUCUUCCACUCCCGGCGUUUUCCCUCACCGCACCUCCCCGCAGUUCGCGUUUUUGCUCUCUAAAGUGCCUUUUUAAUGGUUUUCCUUUCACAAAUGCUUAUCAGAAAUUAAAAUUGAAAUCCGGCGAUAUGCACAAACAGAGUGGCAUUAAAGCUGCCGUCUACUCCGUCUUCACUCAGUUUUAUUUCAGGCUUUUGGUGAAAUAGGUGCGUACACCAGCAAGGCAUCAUUUAAUCUCCUCAACAGAUGUUGAUGAAAGAAAUUAGUUUUGGGCUUUUUUUUUUUUUUUUUCCCUUUCUCCUCGGUAGCACACACAUAUCUUUCAGUGCUUUCACCUCUCGUGCACACCCACACAUAGUUUGCACAAGCGACAAAGCAGACGGGAGACAACCGCACAUGUGAACAAAUGAACACAAAGGCAAUGGAAUAAUUGCUUCAAGUCUUCCACGUUGCGGCAGGAGUGUUUCCUCUCAGACUCCACGAUUCACUAAAUAUCUCAUGUAAGCAUUGUUAGAAAACUGUCUGCCAACAAACGGUUAAUCCUCCCUUUACACGGUAUUGUAAUAUUUUGAGUUUAUGUGCAGUUCUUGAAUUUUUAUGCUAUUCAGUUCAUUUUUUCUUUCUUUUACUUCAGCCUUUUUUUUUAUUCCCGAGAACUCAUUGAAUUUGACAAGACACAAUAGAAAGAAUUUGACUUCAACUUAUGCAGAGUGCGCCUGUCUCUCUCUGCUGCUGUUCAAAGUGACUUGCAUAAAGCCUUUCAGGACCGAGCAACGGGCAACUGACUCUCUUAAAGCACUCUCUCUCUCUCUAUCUUUUUAUUUUUUUUCUACAUUUCACCCUUUUAAAACGGAGUUAUGUAGUGUAAUGGCGUGGGUUAUUGUCAUGGCGUAGCGCAAUAAUGGAGUGAUACUUUUCAAUUUCUUUGAUAUUUUAAUGCAAGGUGAGGCUGGUAUAUCCGAGUGGCAGACUACUUCACACUUUGCCGCGGUCUGUGUGAAGAAAGGCAAUUAUUAUGUUUUGGCAAUUUUAUUCAAACCCAUCAGCAAAAACCAAGACCCUGCUAUUAUCGAAAUCUACUAAUUGAGGCUGAAUUGGCAGAGGUCAUUUCUGAAAGCUGAGCUGUGACAAACCCGCAGCUCAGCACUGUCUCAUAAGCAAGCUUUAGCAGGGCUUUGAGUGGCAGGUUUGAUUUUAUUAGCAGUCAUCUAAAGUCAGUAAAAUGAACAUACACUCCAUAUAAGCAUAACUUCAUUGUGAUUUCAUUAACUGUUUUAGUGGAUUGAAGAGAGUAGCUCUGGGUGGGGCAAGAAAAACCUAGGGGUCACAGAAAUGCUUUUUCUCAGUAUGACUUCUGCUUUUUAAAUUUUGAGCUGAAUUCAUGAUGAAAUGAGGUAAAAGGUAGGGUGAAGCGUAGUUACACAUUUUGUGAAGGAACCCCUAGAAACUAUAUUUUUUGUGACACUGGGGAGGGUUUCUCUGUCACAUUUUUAAAAGCACUGGUUUAUUUCACGAGACUAAUCUUUUCUAAGACUCUGACUUCUAUAGCAUAUUGUGCAUGUCAAGUUUUUCUCCCGAGAUGCCAGCAGUCAAGGCGCCGCGACAUCCGACAUACAUGCCGUUAAUAACAACCACUACAGAGUAUUUCUCCGUGCACCGAGCCUAUUCACGAACGCCGCGCUCUGCAGACAACCUCUGCUGCGCGGUCCCUUUGAAGAGUUUCAUAACCGGUAAAUGGGAACGUUAUCUGAGAUGCUGCUCCUGAUAGUGACCCAGCUGCAAGCUGAGAGCCCUGUUUGGAAAAUACAGGGGUUCAGAUAACGCGAUCUGAUUGUGCGUGUUUGUGUUUAAGGAACAUGAAAUACAGCCGAGGAGCAAAGUUGCAAGCGUCAUACUGCGUGUACGUGUGUGCACACACGCUGCAGAUUAUUACAGCUUAAUGUGAUGUGAUGUGUUGUUAUUUGUGGACUGCGCUUUGCUCACAAAUAUUCCUGUCUAUGAUGGUUAUUGUAUGGUAAUGUACCGGCACAGGCCGUGAGGAAUGACUACCUGGAGCGGUUCUGUCAUCUAGCGUUUGCUUUUUUUUUUAAUAUAAUUAAAGUAGGCUUGAGUGUGGAUGCGUGCUCCUGUGUGUGUGUGUGUGUUUGUGUGUGUGAGUGUGUGUCCCUCUGUAUGUGUCCGUGCGGCUCAUCCGCAGUGCCAUGUGAUUAAUGACUCCGGGGGUGAGUGAGCACUGGCGGUCAGCCCCUCCUGGUUAUUCUGAGAUGACCUAGUGUGAGCGGGCCGUAGUGGACACAAAGCCUCAGGUGAUCUCGAAAUCCUUGGCCAUUCUCUCACCUGUGCAUCAUCGCCAGCGCUGCAGGAAUAUUUUCACUCGCUGAGAGCGCGGAGUGCAGUUUCUACACAAGGACACACAUUUAAUCGCAGGGAAAGGACACUCGCUGUUUGCUUCGGCUCUUUCUCCGUCUGGCUGGAAAUCGGCCCUUCGAAAGGCCGCGGUUUUUCUCCGAGAGGCCAAAAGUCUUACAGUAAUCAUACUUGUGUAACAUAUUGCCACAUUGCAGAUUUACAAGGUGUACAUCUUCAUAUUUUAAUGUCAAAUACCGGCUGUUGUUGCAUUGUAUGCCUGAGGUUUAUUCAUGCAUUUAGCAAAUUGCCCCUUUUUUUUUUGGUUUAAUCUAUAUGUCAAGUCUUUUUUGUAGAUCCCAGCCACGGUCUCCAGGGU